CAUGACCCUUUUUCUCCGAUAACACCUAUCACCCUGCCCUCACUCCACGUUACCGUCACCACGUGACAUCGUCCGACAGUGUUUUGAGUAAAGUGUUGACAUCUGCUGGCGGGAUGCGACACCAGUGUUUCAAAAUUCUUCCUGGUGAGUGCGUAGAAGUGUUCCGCAGGGAUGGAGUGUUUUGAUGUGCGAGUGUUUGUAGUAUAAAACUCAUCGGAUUGUAAAUGUUUAAAGGAUUAGUGAACUACACUGGGGCAAGAUGGGCAAGUUACUAUCCAAAAUUUUUGGCAACAAGGAGAUGAGAAUAUUGAUGUUAGGCUUAGAUGCUGCCGGAAAAACCACUAUUUUAUAUAAACUCAAAUUAGGACAGUCAGUAACAACGAUACCAACUGUAGGAUUUAAUGUAGAAACUGUUACGUAUAAGAAUGUUAAGUUUAAUGUUUGGGAUGUUGGUGGACAAGAUAAGAUACGACCCUUAUGGCGGCAUUAUUACACUGGAACACAAGGACUUAUAUUUGUGGUGGAUUGUGCAGAUAGGGAUCGCAUUGAUGAAGCUCGUCAAGAACUACAUCGGAUCAUUAAUGAUCGAGAGAUGAGAGAUGCUAUUAUCCUCAUUUUCGCCAAUAAGCAGGACUUACCUGAUGCUAUGAAACCUCAUGAAAUUCAAGAAAAACUGGGCCUAACCAGGAUACGUGACCGUAAUUGGUAUGUGCAGCCAUCAUGUGCCACAACAGGGGAUGGGCUGUACGAAGGGCUGACAUGGCUCACGUCAAAUCAUAAAUUAUGAAUGAGCGAGCCAGGUUGCCCACGCAUAAGCCCCACCUGCAACAUAACUGCCAAGCCUGCUCCCUACUCAGGUCAGCACUGUGGUGGUGGUGCCAGCAGUGAGCACAGACAUAGUGGAGUGUGAACAGACAAGAAUACACCUAGUUCCUGACCAGAAUAGGGACUGACAAAAUCAGUUUUUGAAGAUAUUAUUUCUGUACAAUUGGAUGGUGACUUUUGUUUGUUUGAAUGUUUAAUUUACCAAUGUGUUUCAGGAAUGAAUCUUGAGUACUUGGAAAAAUAGAAAUGAAACAUUAUGUUAUGUAGACGAACAUUUAAAAUUUAAAAAUGAAUCUGAAAGUUUUUAAAAGACCUGUUCUUCCUUAAAUGACAUAUAUUUUUGAACUAGUAUUCUUUUGUGUUAUCAGAGGCAAGCAGAAGUAACUAGUUAUAUUUGGUCUAGAUUUAUAGUUGGCAUUAGUAAAUUUUGUACAGACAUAGAGCUGCAGGGGUUGUAUUUGGCUGUGUAGGUCUUAGAAAUGAAUGCUUUUGAUCCUUACGUACAAAUGCUUGCAAUAAUCCUAUGGAGAAAACAGACAUGUUUUGGGUUUUCUUUACCAGUUAUUUUUAGCUACGUCAGCAAUCCCCUUCAUCCGGGUUACCUUUGUAAAUUUCUGUUAGUUACGAGUGUUUGUGUAGUUAAAAUGAUUAUCAUUAGAUUCUAUUAUACAUAUUGGAUAAAGGUUAUGUAUUUAUCCCCUAAUACAAAUUUAUAUCAAGCUGUUGACUGAUAUUGUAAUUGCGGCAUGCCAGUUACUGUAGGGCAAGUACAGUUCUGUGCAAAUACGUGUAAAUAUUUAUCUGCUAAAAAAUACAAGACCAGCCAUCUGCUUUAUAAUUUGGCGUACAUACACUUACAUGUAUUGUGCAGACUCAACUGAAAUGUUCUGACUAUCAAUGAUUGAUCAGUGUGGAAUUGAGUGAUGGAGAGAAGGUAGUCACUGUGUGGCCAGUGUUGUUAAAUGGUGCGAGUGAAUGAUUUGCCAGGCACAACUACAAACGCAGAAUGAAAGGACUUGUACAGAAAGUGAAAGAUGUCUUAUAUGGAGUUCAGAGAGCCCUAAUGUGAUUCAUAAGAAGUGCAAUUGAAUUUCUUUAUCUUUAUUUGCACUUUUGACUGAGUACUGUGCUUCUUACCAAGCUAGAGAGGAAUUUACAAACCAAGUACAUAUGCAAAGAGAAAAUGGUCAUGCUUUUAGUGAAUGAAGUUUUUCUUAUUCUUUUCUAUGCAGAACUUCCAGCAUGUUAUCCAGUGAGAAGUCAAACUAGCAUUUGGGUGAUUUUUCAGCAUCCAUCCAUACCCUGUCUCCAUUGAUAUUGGUGGUUUGAUGGUCAAACGAUGCCAACGCAGUUCAAGUUAACUUUUCAACUAAUUCACAUGAGACUAUGUCAUCCAUUUGCUAUACGGUGUGGCAUUUUAUUAAACAUUAUCCAUAAUUUAAAGUUGUCAUCUUUGCAUUCCUCUGAAUGUGAAUACAUUAUUGUGUAUUAUACCUAUAGUAAGUCCGAAUAUGCUCCGAUCUUGAAGCAUAUUUUGGUUUACAUUUUAUUGCUACCAUAAUUUAUUCCUUGUACUUUUUUUCUUGUAUUUGUAACAUUUUGUAUAUAAUAAUCAAAAGAAAAUGUGUAGAAGUACAGUCCAGCUUAACUGACAAGCUGUAGUACUCAUAAGCCUUGUUUAGUAUCUCACUUGAUUUGAAAGCUUUUUAUAUAAGUAUCUGGUAUGUAUCUCAUUGUAAAUCCAGUUGUUUGAGUCCAAACACAUGCCAAUAAUAGUUUUGUCUUGUUAAUAUGAAGGGAAAUAUUGCUACUUGAAAAUGAUUCAGUAAUAAAAUCAAAACUCUUUAUUGUUGAACUUUUAUUACAAUUUGAAUAAUGUUAAUAAUAAUACAAAAUCCUUUUGUAGAUUGUGGUAAAGUUAUUCAUUUAUUGCAAUUGCAAGAUUCUUUGAAUUUGUGGUUGCCCAGUUGCUGCCCUUUUGUGGUUAUAUGUAAAGAAAGAUUGAAUAAUCCUAAUUUUACAUGAUAGUGUGAGAAUUACUCAAUUUUGAUGAAGAAAUCAAGAUGUGUACAAGUUCAGUGAGUGUGCAACGUAGCAAUGAACAGUAAAAUUUAGUAAUGUUCCUCAGCAAUUCCUCAUUGAUCUUUUUCAAUUUCAAACACAUAAUUAUAGGAAAAAGAUUAAAUGAGGGUGUUGCAAAUGAAGAAAGAUCAGUAUGAACAAUGGAUUGAGUGAGAACAGAGUUAGAGAAAUUCAAAGAGUAGGGGGAAUAAAUAAUUCAGUGAUUAAAUGAGCCACAGAUGGACAACCAUGUAAAAGUCUUUGUAAAUGUUUCAAUGUAAUGAACAAGUCAAAUUGGCUGAUACAAUUAUGGAAUCAUUUAUAAAGCAUUAAUGGCUUUGGAUCUGUAAUAAUUAGAAAUUAAAUAAGAGUUUUCGAUAUAGAUUUCUUGAAAAUAUUGCAAAACAUUACAAUUAAUUGGAUGUGAAUGAUGAAAAGCGAUAUCAAUGUUCUUGUGCAUCGUGUUGCUAAAUGAGAAUUACUGUACAAGACUUUCUGCUAAUUUUUAUAUUGUUAAAUCUGACAGAAGUAUUAUACAAGAUCUUGUGCAUAUUCAGAUAUUACAAUAAGUUUGUUGUAUAUUGCAAUGAGCAUUGUGAUGGAUGUACAGCUAUUACUGAAACAUUCAAAUUGUUUGUUGUUAUUGAACUCUUGAUACACCUGCUUUAAUUACUUAGUGUAGAGUAGUUCUUAAAUUGUGUAUUGAUUUUUGAUUUGCAUAAAAGUCAUGUUUUGGGAAUGAUGGAAGAAUAUUAAACGGGGGUGUUUUUACCAAGUUAAUGAAUUUGUUUGAAGAGCUGUUGUGAUGAUAUUCCAUUAAUAUUCUUUACAUCAUUUAAAAAAGAGGUAAGUUUUUCAAAUAACUAUUAAAAUAAAUUGGUACUAAAACCCUACACAAUUUUGAGUAUUGACAUUGUGUUCUCCAGAGUAAAUUUCUAUGAAAGUCUACCAGCAUGUUCACCCCUUAAAACAACAAAACACAAUUCAUUCUAGACCAAUACAAGUUCAAUUUUUAAUUAAAGAAAAAACGAAAAUGACAGUUGAAAGAUUUGCUAGUUUUAAUAUUAGAAGGAAAACAAGUUUUAUACAGUUUACCACCUAAUCACAGAUGGAAGAUUAACAAUUAUGUGGAUGAGUAGUGAUUCUCGUAACUGUUGCAACCUCCUGUAACAUGGUGUGACUUACAAAUUAUGUAUUGUGCAAGUGGGUUAAUACCAUAUCUGGGUUUGAUUCCCUGUUGGGACAUUCAUUAUUUGAGUCGAAACGUGAUUAAUAUUCAAAUUAAGUUGGUUCACUGGUUUUUU